AAAUAGGAGCAGACCAAGUCACGUUAUCAAAUUGGUUUGAACAUCCUGUAAAGUUUCUCUCUUUUUCUCUCUCCUCCCCACACCCCCACACCAGCAAACUCUUCACUCAUUCCGGGGUAAUUUAGAAAGGCAACCAAAUUGUCAAAAAGAUUCUUCCUUUUUUUUUUCAAUUUCAUUUUCUGGGUGUGUUUGAUUGAUCAAAAAAAUCAAACCCUUGUUCUGGUUCUUCUUGUUCUUCAAUACAUUUCAGCUGAAUCUUUUUUGGUGUGGGUCUCAAAUGCUUCCGCUGAAACUACCCCCCAAAACCCUAGAAUAAAGUUUUCCCCCUUUUAGUUUCUGGGGCUUGAAAAGUUUGUGCAUUUUGGGGGGUUUACAAAAAUAAAAAUAAAAUAGAGGUGGGUUUAAAGAAGAGAUGUACGUCGUGCCACCGCCGUCACAGAAGUCGGAUCCGGCAUCUGGGUCUGCUGAUUUAAGGGUUUACCAAACAUGGAAAGGCAGCAAUAAAUUUUUGCUUCAGGGGAAGCUAAUAUUUGGACCAGAUGUGAGAUCAUUAUUUUUGACCAUAUUCCUGAUCGUUGCCCCAAUUGCGGUAUUUUGUGUUUUUGUUGCUAGAAAGCUGAUGCAUGUUUAUCCUCACAAUUCGGGAAUAUCGAUCUUGGUAGUGGUGGUGGUGGUAACAGUAUAUGAUUUAGUCCUGCUUUUGCUUACUUCCGGAAGAGAUCCUGGCAUACUACCACGCAAUGCACACCCUCCAGAACCUGAAGGCUUUGAUGGGAAUGCUGAAACUGGGGGUGGCCAAACACCACAACUGCGAUUGCCACGCAUUAAAGAAGUAGAAGUUAACGGUAUCCCAGUGAAAAUAAAAUAUUGUGAUACCUGCAUGCUUUACAGACCUCCUCGUUGCUCACAUUGUUCAAUUUGCAACAACUGUGUAGAAAGAUUCGAUCAUCAUUGUCCGUGGGUCGGCCAAUGCAUUGGGCUGAGAAAUUAUCGAUUCUUCUUCAUGUUUGUCUCCACAACUACGAUCUUGUGUAUAUAUGUAUUUGCAUUUUGCUGGGUCUACAUCAAGAGGAUUAGUGACACAGAAGACAGAACAAUAUGGAAAGCCAUGAUUAAGACUCCUGCCUCAAUUGUUCUUAUAAUUUAUACAUUCAUUGCAGUUUGGUUUGUGGGUGGUCUUACGGCCUUCCACUUGUAUCUGAUAAGUACAAAUCAGACAACAUAUGAAAAUUUCAGAUACAGAUAUGAUCGACGAGCAAACCCAUACAACAAGGGAGUGGUGGAGAAUUUCAAGGAGAUAUUUUGCACAAGCAUUUCCCCUUCAAAGAACAACUUCACAGCCAUGGUGCCUAAGGAAGCUCCUCCUUCUGCGAGGCCGAUGGGGGCAGGAUUUGUGAGCCCGAGCAUGGGAAAGGGUACGGAUGACAUAGAGAUGGGCCGAAAGGCCACAUGGGGUGGAGAAUUUGGGCCAGGGCUUGAAUCUGGUGAAGGACAAGUUAGUGACAAUGACAUCCUAAAUAUGAAAGAUGGUAGAUUAGGUGGUGAGGCAUCUCCGGACAUAAGGGGUCAUGUGGAUGAAAAUGGAGGGGAACGUGGUGGACUACAUCCUAGACGUUCCAGCUGGGGAAGGCAGAGUGGGAAUUGGGAAAUGUCACCGGAGGUUCUUGCAUUAGCAGCUAGAGUAGGUGGCACUGGCAGCAGCAAUACCGGAAAUCAACAUACGGAUGUUAAGUUGUGAAUUGUGAUAAACUCGAGGGGAAGUUAUUGUUAUUUUCAGGGGUAUGAGUUUGGGGUGUGAGGGCGUUUAGUUUGUAUGUGAAUUUGUAGGGAUGAAUCUUUAUCUGAUAGUAUUGUUGAUAUUCAGUUGUCAGAAAAAUGGUGUUUGAAAUGAUAGAUACAGUUACAGGUGUGAUGUAUGAAUUAUUUUAUUUUUUCCACCUUGGUAGUUGGUAUUGUACUCUGUAUUCAGUUAUUCA